AUGAGCAAGAAAGAAGACGUCAGGAAGGCAUUUGAAGAGAUCCAAUCUGGCGAAUGGCCUCCCGUGCGCGGAAUAUUCCAUGCAGCAGGAGUGACUGAUGACAAGGCUCUCGCCGAGCAAGACAAGGCGUCGAUUGAGAAGGUUUAUGCUCCAAAGGUUGUGGGGGCCUGGAACUUGCACGAGGUGUGCGAGGAACUGGAUUUGAACAAGGACCUCGAAAUCUUCUUGAUGUUUUCGUCAGUCGCUGCGCUUUUGGGAAACUUUGGCCAGGCGAACUAUGCAGCAGCCAACUCUUGCCUUGAUGCGCUCACUUCGUGGCGCCGGUCUAUAGGAUUGUGUGGUCAGAGCAUCCAGUGGGGUCCGUGGGUGGAGCAGGGAAUGGCAGCUGGUCUGCGGCAGCAUCUUGACAAGGCUGGCAUGAUGGGAAUCAGCAAUGAGCUUGGAACAAGGAUCUUGCAGGACGUGCUCAAGAGUCCUGGACAAGCCAUCAUCUGUGCCCAGGCUCUGAUGUGGCGCAAGUUCCUCAGGCGCUACGCGUUUGACCCUCCACCUUUCUUCUCAGAUGUGUCUACUGUCACAGCCGUCACGUUCAAUAACACAAUUGACCUGAACUCCAUCAGUAAAGGUGCCCUAGUUGAAAUUCUCGUUGAUGUCGCGCAGGCUGUCUCCGGAUCGGCAGAAAAGCCGAAUGCUACAACACCGCUUAUUGACUUGGGGCUUGAUUCCCUAGGCGCAGUGGAGUUCCGCAACUCUGUUGCAGAAAAGACGGGCGUAAAGCUUCCCCAGAAUCUAAUGUUCGAAAACCCAAGUGUUGAGGACAUUGCCGAAUAUAUAUUGAACAGGGCGAAGUCACCAGAUGGUGCAUCUGGUACAAGAGGGACACUAGUUGAUACACUUCAAACCAGUAUCGACCAGUGGCUUAUGGCUGUGCUUGUCCCGGCAGAGCGUUAUGCUUUGUAUGUGGACUCACUUACUUCCGCAUACGGAUCUCUUAGUGACAUGGCUGCUGUCGAAGAUAUUGUUGGUGCCCUUGAGAAACUCGAGGUUACAGCUUCAGAGGACUUUGACCGUUUGAAUGUAGCGUGGCAAGAGCUCCGAGAUGCAUAUGCUAACCGUGCUGAAGCCGCAGCAGCUGUUAAACGGAAGCCCCGCUUGGCGGUUCGGGUGCCUCACCCAACGGAAGAUGUUGACUCUUUGAUAAGCCAGCUGACAUUCGAUGUUCAGGCUCUUGAGCCCCCCACAUCUCCGGAAAACUACACGACAGCGCUUUUGACUGGAGCCACUGGGUUCGUUGGCCGCAUACAAUUGUCAGUACUGCUGGAAGCAUCAGACAAACUGGAAGUUGUAUGCAUCGUCCGCGCCAAAGAUGCAAACCAUGCUCUUGACAGGAUUCGGCAAGCAUGCAAGGAGGCCAAGUGCUGGAAAGAGGAAUACUGCAGUCGCAUUUGCCCUCUAUCCGGCGAUUUUACUCUUCCAAACUUGGGUCUUGGAGAGGAAAAGUUUGAGGAGCUCUCGAAGAAAGUAGAUGUUGUUUAUCACACGGGAGGAGAUGUCAAUCUACUCAGCAACUAUGCCAGACUGCGUUCUUCAAACGUCCUCUGUAUCUCAGGAGUAAUCGACUUCUGCACAAAAAACAAGUUGAAGCCCUUGCACUUUGCAUCUACUCUUGGGCAGUUCCCAGCCUUCUUUUGUGAAUUCACUGGGGCAUACGAAAAUUACCGUAUUACAGAAGACAGCCGACCUACCGUAGAGGAAAUGGAUGCCUUCUACCCACCGUUGCGAAUGGGGUACCCCUGGUCAAAGUGGGCCGCUGAGUUAGUCUUGUGCAGUGCGCGGGAAAAAGGGCUUCCUGUGUUCCUGUACCGCUUGCCGAACACCUACGUUGCUUACUCGACGGGCUACACCAACCGAACAGACUAUGCCACUGCCUUGAUGAUUUCAACUAUUCAAGAGGGAAUUUUCCCAGUUGGCUGCGCUGCUGCUCCACUGACGCCAGUUGAUAUCAUAUGCGAAAUGCUGGUUGGAGUGUCAUUUUUGAAAAAGCCGAAGCACUUUGUCUAUCACCUUUUCGACCCCCGUGCCAUAACAAGGGAACAUCUAGAAGUCUGGAGUCAAGAGCUUGGCCUGGCGUACAAAGGUGCCAGCGUCGACGAGUUCCUUGCUGCAGUGAAGGCUCGUGGCCCUGAAUCCCCAGUCUUCAAAUUUGUGCCUCUCAUGCAGUUCAUGAGAAAGUACUGGUUUGAUUCGGAACAACGCACAGAUGACUUCCCUAUCGAAACUAAAAACAUAUUUGAUGAGUUACCGGACGCCAAGUGGCCAGAUCAAAGGGACGUAUUCAAAAAUUCACUGCUAUAUAGUGUACAGUCAGGCUUUUUCCCCAAAAAUUCCAAAGCGAUAAGGGUUGAUCCUGAAGCCUGUUUGGAAGACGCGAAGAAGUUGUCGGGCUUAGACACACUCGGCGAAGACCACGACUACUUCAUGAACCCGUUACGUAUCUUGAAAGACUCUCUUCUGCAGGAGUCCAAUCCAUCAUUUUGCGGCAAGCUGGCCAUGUUUCGCACUGUUCGCCAGCAACUGAUGAAUCUUAUGUACAUGGAAAAGAUGAGGCAUCAGCAUCCCGAAAUUGAGCAGCAGGAGAUUAAGGAGCCACUGAUAAUUGUUGGUCUGAAUCGGACAGGCACAACAUUCCUACAAAACAUUAUGGCAACUGACAUCUCGAACCGCUCAGCCCGUUACUGUGAGAUGAUUGCUCCCUAUGGCAACAAUGGUGAAUACUGCCAGAAGGGCCUCAGCAACGAUCCAGAAUCGUGGAAGCAUGACCCGCGGAUCAAGUUUGCUCAAGAGGUGCUCGAUAGCCAACUAGCUCUCUCCGAGGAAUGGAUUAGCAUUCAUGCACAAAGCGCAGAGCUUCCAGAAGAAGACUUCGUAAUCCUUGAGCACUGCGGCCGAUGCUACUCAAUAUGCACUGAGUUCAAUGUACCAUCUUACCGAAAAUGGCUGUAUGCAAAUGACUUCCAGGAGAUGAAAAAUGCCUACAAAUUCCACAAGCGUUUCCUGCAGCAUCUACAAUAUCAGCGGGUGGCAGAUCGGUGGCUUCUCAAGAUGCCAUUCCACCUCUUCACUCUUGAUGCGCUGUUUGAAACGUAUCCAGACGCGAGAAUCAUCUUCAUGCACAGGGACCCAAAAGACACUCUAGCUAGCUGGGCUAGCUUGGUAAGGUGUGCACAGCAGUCCCUCCUUGAUUCCGUCAACCCAGCCGAGCUAGGAAAACUCGAGCUUGAGGCAAUGUCUUCAAUGAUUAAUAGGGCACUGGAAUUCCGCUCCUCCAGGCCCGAUCUAGAAGAUCAGAUACUGGACGUGCAAUACAAAGAUUUGAUUGAGGAUCCGUUGGGCACUGUAUCGAAGAUCUAUAGCCAUUUCAACAUCCCACUGACUGAACAGGCACGUCUGCGCAUGGCUGAGUUUUACCAAGAAGAUAAGAAGACACGCAACAAACUAUCCAAGCACCAGUACACACUUCAAGAUGUAUCACUUACAAAGGCUAUGGUGGAGGAAGCUUUUGACCAAUACUAUAAAUCUGGAUUGUGCAAGUACCUGAAGAAAUAA